AUGAAGAAUGUCCUGAAAAAGGAUGGUAGCUUCAUGGAUGGCAAGAAAGAAAUCAAUGGAGAAGUUGUGAAGCCUUUUUCCUACCUUUUUUGUUUUAAUUCUAAUGCCAUCGGCCUCGGGCCAGGGGCGCCCCAGCGACGGGUCCCCACCUCUCUAGCGAAUUCGAGAACCUUUUUACGAAGUGCCAGGUCAGAAGUCGGCGGGGGCAACGAGCCAAAGCAAGUCAAAAAGAGGGCUGGGGGCCCGGGCGGGGAGAGCACUACCGCCAGGCCACUGCAUCUCGGAGGCACGCAGGAGCGCACCCACACGGGCACACAUGGGCAUACGCGGGCACAGACCUACGGGCGCUCUCCCGCGAGCGCUCCCACACGCAGACACACACGCGCGGGCAGGUGCACUCGGGCAGAGAGCUGCGCCCGGUCUCUGGGCGCCGGGGAGCCUUCACUCAGAGCUCCCAGUGAGCGGACUGGCCGCAGGCACCCAGACCAGGGGCUACUAGCACACAGCAUGGCUGCCUCAGCCCUGCGUUUUCAGUUUUCAAGUAAAGUGGAAUUACCUGAGAAGGACAUGGAAGUUGAUUAUUCCGUCCCUAAAAAACUGAGGAGCAGGAAGCUUCAGAUUCGGAACAUUCCCCUUCACUUGCAGUGAGAAGUAUUGGACGGACUCUUGACUCACUGGGGGACAGUAAAGAACUGGAUGGAACAAGUCAACACGGAAACCAAGGCUGCUGUUGUCAAUGUGACCUACGCCACUGGAGAAGAGGCUCAAGUAGCCACUGAGAAGCUCAGCGGUCUUCAGUUUGAAAACUAAGCCUUCAGGAUUUCCUAUAUCCCAGAUGAGAACGGGAACGCCCCUCUAAGAUCCCGCGGGGGGAGUACUCUUCCAGGGAGCACGGCCACUCCCCGGGGUGCUCGGACCAGUCCAAGCAGCUGGAAUUCCUGCUCCGGAUCCUUGUCCCUUACCCAGUUUGUUGGCGCCAUAAUAGGAAAGGAGGACUUGACUAUUAAGAACCUCACCAAGCAAACGCAGUCUAAUGUAGACAUACACAGGAGGGAAAAGGCAGGGGCAUCUGAGAAGCCCGUGACCAUCCAUGCCAGCCCCGAGAGCUCCAGCAAAGCUUGUCGGAUGAUCCUCAAAAUCAUGCAGAAAGAAGCAGAUGAGACCAAGUUAGUGGAGGAAAUUCCUCUGAAGAUCCUGGCCCACAAUAGUUUGGUUGGGAGACUGAUUGGUAAAGAAGGACAAAAACUGAAGAAAAUUGAGCAGGACAUGGGGACCAAGAUCACCAUCUCUCUUCUGCAGGAUCUGACCAUUUGCAACCCAGAGAGAACCAACAAAGGUAGGAUUGAGGCCUGCUCCUCUGACGAGGGGGAGAUCAUGAGGAAGCUUCUUGAGGCCGGAGAGAAUGACGUGAUGACCUUGAACGUGCCUGAACAGGAAGUGGUAUACCCCUUCAACCCCACCCAGGCUGUCGGAGCCAUCUUUGGCGAGAAAGGCCACCACAUCAAACAGCUGGCCAGAUUCGCUGGGGCCUCCAUCAAGAUUGAUCCUGCUGAAGGUCCGGAUGUCAGUGAGAGGAUAGUGGUCAUCUCUGUCUCCCUUCAUCUAUAUACAGCCUCCUUCCCUCUACCCCAGUUUUUCUUGCCCUCUUUCUCUCUCCAUUGA